CGGCCGUGGCGCAAAGCGUUCUGGGGCUCGUGGUUCGCGGGGUCCAUGGGGAACGCGGUGUCGCUGGCAGAUUUCGCAGAGCUCAGAGUCCUGCACGCCUCAGUCCUCGCCUCGCUCCUCCUCGCGGAGGAUUCUGGGAGGUGACGUCGCGGGUCUUGGUCGCGGGGCCCGUUUGCAGAGCCCGCGGCGCCGGGAGGACUUUGUUCUUCUUCAGAAGAGAAAACUGAAGAAGGAGGAAUGGCCGUGGGGCUUUGUAAAGCCAUGUCCCAGGGGUUGGUGACCUUCAGAGAUGUGGCGCUAGACUUUUCCCAAGAAGAGUGGGAAUGGCUGAAGCCAUCUCAGAAGGAUUUAUACAGAGAUGUCAUGUUGGAGAACUACAGGAACUUGGUAUGGCUUGGACUCUCCAUUUCUAAACCCAACAUGAUCUCCUUACUGGAGCAAGGGAAGGAGCCGUGGAUGGUGGAGAGAAAGAUGUCACAGGGUCACUGUGCAGACUGGGAGUCUUGGUGUGAAAUCAAGGAAUUAUCUCCAAAAUGGUUCAUUGAUGAAGAUGAAAUAUCCCAGGAGAUGAUAAUGGAAAGGCUAACAAGUCAUGGCCUUGAAUGCUCCAGUUUCAGAGAAGCCUGGAAAUGUAAGGGUGAAUUUGAGCUACAUGAGGGAAAUGUGGAGAGGCAUUUCAUGCAAGUGACAGCUGUUAAGGAAAUCUCUACUGGGAAAAGACACAAUGAAUUUAGUAAUUUUGGGAGAAGCAUACCCCGGAAAUCAGUAUUUUUAACACAACAGAAAGUUCCUACCAUAGAGCAAGUACAUAAAUUUGAUAUUUAUGAUAAACUCUUCCCCCAAAAUUCAGUCAUAAUUGAAUAUAAAAGACUCCGUGCUGAGAAGGAAUCUUUGAUAGGUAAUGAAUGUGAAGAAUUCAACCAGAGUACAUACUUUAGUAAAGAUACAGGAAUUCCUCUUGGUGAGAAACCUUAUGAAAGUAAUGAUUUUUCAAAUCUCUUAAGUUUCCACUCAUUACUUGCUCAACAUCAGACAACUCAUUUUGGAAAAUUACCCCAUGGAUACAGUGAAUGUGGUGAUGCCUUUAGCUGUUACUCAUUCUUUACUCAACCUCAGAGAAUUCACAGUGGAGAGAAACCAUACGCAUGCAAUGACUGUGGAAAAGCCUUUAGCCAUGGCUUCUUUCUCAGUGAACAUCAAAGGACUCAUAUUGGGGAGAAGCCUUAUGAAUGUAAGGAAUGUAACAAAGCCUUCAGACAGAGUGCUCACCUUGCUCAACACCAGAGGAUCCACACUGGAGAGAAACCGUUUGCAUGCAAUGAAUGUGGGAAGGCCUUUAGCCGUUAUGCCUUCCUUGUUGAACAUCAGAGAAUUCACACAGGUGAGAAACCAUAUGAAUGUAAAGAAUGUAACAAAGCCUUCAGACAGAGUGCUCACCUUAAUCAACAUCAGAGGAUUCACACGGGAGAGAAACCCUACGAAUGUAAUCAGUGUGGAAAAGCCUUCAGCAGACGCAUAGCCCUUACUCUGCAUCAAAGAAUUCACACAGGAGAGAAACCCUUCAAAUGUAGUGAAUGUGGGAAGACCUUUGGCUAUCGCUCACACCUGAAUCAACAUCAGAGAAUUCAUACCGGAGAAAAGCCCUAUGAGUGCAUCAAAUGUGGGAAGUUUUUUAGGACUGACUCACAACUUAAUCGACAUCAUAGAAUUCACACUGGAGAGAGACCAUUUGAAUGCAGUAAAUGUGGGAAAGCCUUCAGUGAUGCUUUAGUUCUAAUUCACCAUAAGAGAAGUCAUGCAGGAGAGAAACCCUAUGAAUGUAACAAAUGUGGGAAGGCCUUCAGUUGUGGCUCAUAUCUUAAUCAACAUCAAAGAAUUCAUACUGGAGAGAAACCCUAUGAAUGUAAUGAAUGUGGGAAGGCUUUUCAUCAGAUCUUGUCCCUAAGACUACACCAGAGAAUUCACGCUGGAGAAAAACCUUAUAAAUGUAAUGAAUGUGGGAAUAAUUUUAGCUGUGUCUCAGCCCUUAGACGACAUCAAAGAAUUCAUAAUAGAGAAACGCUCUGAUUAUAACAAGUAUAGGAAAGAAAACAUUUGGUUACCACUCAGUCCUUAUUGAAUAUUAGUGAGUUCUUCUUGGUUAGUAAUUCUUUGAAUGUAGUUCAUAUUUCAGUUCAUGAGUAUCCAUUAUUUGAAGUAGCUCAGUAGUAGACAUCUGUUACUUUUUUUUUUUUUUUUUUUUUUUUUUUUAGACAGAGCCUCGCUCUGUUGCCCAGGCUGGAGUGCAGUGGUGCAGUCUUGGCUCACUGCAGCCUCUGCCUCCUGGGCUCAAGCAAUCCUCCUGCCUCAGCCUCCUGAGUAGCUGGGAUUACAGGUGCCUGUGACCA